UGCCUUCAUAUUACUGUAUCCAUUUGUAAAAUUACUGUCCAAAUCAAUAAAGGUGUUACUGCAAUUAAAAAGCUUUUUAUCAAAAUUAUUUUUUAGAAUUAAACCUACUUAUGGAAACCUUCACAAUACUGUAUUGUUUCAAUGUAGCUCUGUAUAUAAACGAAGAAUGAGUAACGAAACGCAUAUCACAUUAAUGAAAAUCCGAAAGCCUAUUUUAGCAGGUUUGGACUUCUUAGAAAAUGGAGCUGAUUUUGAAGCUGCCAUUUCCGCCACCGGAUUCGGUCGCUUCCAUUUCUGCUUACUGGCGGUCACUGGGCUGAUCUAUGCAAACACCGCGAUUGGCAUCACUAUUGUUUCGUUCGUAUUACCUGCCGCAACAUGUGAUUUCCGUAUGACAUCUUCCGAUAAAGGGUGGCUCACUGCCGCGCCUAUGUUGGGAAUGGUACUCGGUUCAUACUUCUGGGGAUCCUUGGCUGAUACAAAAGGCCGCAGAGUAGUGCUGAUCUCAACACUGCUCAUAGACGGAGUUAUUGGCAUCGUGUCCUCAUUCGUCCAAGUCCUCUCCAUCUUCAUGGUCUGCCGUUUCGUUAACGGUUUUUGCAUUGCGGGAGCCAUGGGUCUCGUCUUCCCCUACUUGGGAGAGUUCCAGGCCACGAAAUACAGAGAAAAAAUCCUCUGCUGGAUGGAAAUUUUCUGGACUUUAGGUGUCAUAAUAUUACCACUGAUUGCCUGGGGCAUCAUUCCCAUCACUGGCAUUAGAAUCGAGAGCGGAGGCUUUUCUUAUGACUCCUGGAAUUGGUUCGUUGCUGCUUGCGGUUUACCCUCAAUUUUACUCGGAGUUUGGCUCUUCGCUUUCCCUGAAAGUCCUAAAUUCAUGAUGGAAGUUGGAGACUACGAUGAUGCCCUUAAUUGCCUCAAGAGCAUUUACAAACAAAACACUGGUGAUGACGCCGAUAACUAUCCCAUCAAAAGCCUCAAGGAAAAAGUGCGAACCAUAUCGGUGGGAUCCCAAAAUUCCCAAAAAUCUGUUCGUAGUCUAAGCAUGCGCAAACCUAAAGACCUGAAAAGACUGUUUGGAGAGAUUUGGGUACAAACCAAGGCUCUUUGCAGGCCUCCAUACCUCAAGUACACCAUUAUCACGUGCCUUCUCCAAUUCGGCUUAACUACCAGUUACUACACCCUCAUGAUCUGGUUCCCUGAGUUGUUCAAUCGUUAUGAAGAGUUUGAGCAACGUUUCCCCAACACCUCCGCGUCAGUGUGUGACGUAUCCGGUAUUGUAAUAGACGAAGGAUCCGAAGACCCAUUCGAUUGCUUGAAAACCAUAGACAGGAAUGUCUACAUGCACACACUUAUUGUCGGUCUGGCGUGUAUUCCGACCUCGCUAUGGCUGCCUUUGUGUGUACAUAAACUUGGUGCCAAAUUCAUUUUAAUUUUCAGUUUGUUCCUUGCCGGCAUCACAACUGUAUUGCUGUAUUACGUCGAGACCUCCACUCAAAACUUGGUUCUGUCCUGUAUAUUCGAAGCGCUGACCUCACUUGCCAUCAGUGUGUUGUUCUGCAUAUUAGUCGACUUAUUCCCUACAAACCUCAGGGUAAUGGCAGCAGCGCUAUCACUGACAGCCGGUCGAGGUGGUGGUCUCAUAGGAAACCUAUCAUUUGGUUACCUAAUUGACAUCAACUGUAUUGUACCCAUAGUCACCUUCGCGUCAUUCCUAUUCAUUUCCGGUUUCCUCGUCUUCUUACUGCCAAAGACCGGACAAGAAGCUCUAGACUAAACGAGUUAUUGUUUGAAAUAUAGUGCUAAAUAAUUAGACUGUUUGCAAUGUGUAGAGAUCGCAAGUUCGGAGUGGUUGUACAUAUCAUUAAUUCUGCCUAGCCUCAUCCCGGCUCCACGAGGUCCCUAUUAUUAGGAUGUAAAUAUUGCAUAAAUAAGUAUUAUUUAUUUAUAUGCCAUGAGUGCUCUGCUGAUCGAAUUGACACUUCGAAUCCAAGUCCGCACCGUUCAAGAAAUACAGGUAUUAUUGUAAUUUAAAAUAGUUAUUUCGAUUGUUAUUUCUUGCACCUUGCGGACUACGAGACACUUGACACUCAUUAUAGCGUCAAGGGUUUGUUUGGUGGUACCAAUUCCGAGUGUUAACAAUUACUGCGAUGCAGUAUAUACAGAUAAGAAAAAACAGUAUUUUAGUGUUGACCUUAAUGUAAUGUCUUUAAAUUAUUAUACUUAAUUAUUAAAGAUUAAUUUACCAUACCAUAUUGUUUUAUUUACGUUGAAUAUUGAUCUAAAUAAUGAAUUAAGAAUCAUGUCAUAUUAACUGUCGACAACUCAACAGCAUGUCAUCUCUGCCAACUG